AUGGCUUCGCAUUUUGGUCCUCAAAAGCAGUUGUUUUGUACAAGACUCACCGGCAGGUCCGAAAUCCCAGCCGACCAAGAUGAUUCUACAGUCUCCUACCUGGUUAACUCGUGUGGGUUGUCCCCAGAAUCCGCUACUCUAGUAUCCCACACGGUAAAGCUUCAAUCUUUAGAGAAACCAGACUCCGUUUUAGCGCUUUUGAAACACUAUGAAUUCUCAGAGGCCCAGAUUUCAAAGGUUGUGCAGAGACUCCCACAUAUUCUCUUGGCCGAUGUGGAGCAAACCCUUUUGCCAAACCUCGAGUUUUACUGCUCCAUAGGAAUGUCAAGGCUCCACCUUGCAAGAACACUGAGCUACAACCCAUGGCUCAUGAGUCUAAGCUUGAAAAACGAUAUUGUACCAGCUUAUAGCUUCUUCAAGAGCGUGGUGAUCUCUGAUGUCAAAGUGAUCCAUAUUUUGAAGCACAAGUCCUGGAUUUUCAGGGAAAAUUUAUCCAAGAAUUUGAUACCCAAUAUUGAGCUUGUGAGAGAAUUGGGCAUUCCCCAGUCCUGCAUUGCCCUCUUGCUAACUAGUUAUACUGAUGUAGUGAUGAAAAAGCCCGAAUUGUUCAGUCAACUUGUGCAUCAAGUCACAGAAAUGGGAUUUGACCCUCAAAAUUUGAGCUUUGUGCAGGCCAUACACGCAUUAUAUGGGAAAGAGACGACAUGGAAACGAUGUCAAGAGGUUUAUAGGAGGUGGGGUUGGUCUGAGAAUCAUAUACGUUCUGCUUUCAGGGUGUCUCCACUGUGUAUGGUUAUGUCAGAGAAGAAACUAAUGGGAACAAUGGAUUUCUUAGUGAACAAGAUGGGGUGGCAGUCACAAACAAUUGCGAAACAUCCCCAUGUUUUGAGUUACAGCUUGCAGAAGAGAUUCAUCCCGAGGUUUUCAGUUGUUCGAGUUUUGUUUUUGAAAGGAUUGAUAGAAGAGGAGAACUUGAGUUUGGCUACUGGGAUUUCAAAGUCAGAGAAGUACUUCUUGGAUAGGUUUGUGAACAGAUAUCUCAGCCAAGUACCUCAAUUGUUGGAUGUGUACCGUGGAAAAGUAGAUAUCCAGGAUGUGUUGUAA